AUGUCCGAGUCAAGAACAGGCGGUGCUCCCGGCGCUGCGAGGCAGGAGGCAGGCGGAAAGUCGCUCGUCCAGACACUAAUCCAAGGCGUCGGCAUUUUCAUGCUCACGCAGUUCGUCGUCAACCAGUUCUUCGGCUCUAAGACACAAAGUACCAGCGGCUCUGGCACGAACGUGAAGCAGAAUGUCAAUUUCGAGGACAGAGCAGACGUCACAGCCCUCACCAACUACUCUCAGAUCCCUUUCAAUAUCGCGCCGCUGUGGCCGGAUGACAGCGUCGUCGACAUCAAGAUGUACGUGUCCCCGCAGCUCACACUUCCCCCGCUAUCGGCCCUGCCAAAGGACAACCUGGUCCUCGACGAGAAGAGCUUCAGGAUUGGCAACUACAGCGAGAGCCGAGAGGUCAACACACAAAUUACAAUUCCCAAAGAUGUUCAACACAAUGGUACAUUGUGGGGGCAUUUCUACGUCGCUCUAGCCGGCAACGAACUUGACCCUACAAGUCCGAGCUACGAUCCUUACAAAGCCGAGUACUUCAAGAAACCGCUGAAUCACUACCUCCCCAAGAAGAAGGCACGAAAGUUGAAAAACCUGCUUGACAAAUCUGAAAACACGGAAGAAGAAGAGGCCGAAGAAACUACUGGUCCCCAGAUAGCGUCGUAUUACCACCCGAACUUCACUGUUGCUGUCAUCCCCAACACAGGCAUCCAAAACUGGCGUCAAAUGCACCCUGCUGUGCGCAAGAAUAUCGUCCUUGAACCCACCGGUCAGCGCGAUUCCACGGGUCAGAAUGGCUGGUACUACCCGGUGAUCUUCCUGAACACCUUCUGGCAACUGCGAUCGCAGAUGACCGAGUUGAAUGACACGGUAACCUCGAUGCCCCUCAACAUCAAUCUGUAUAACCUUGCGAAUUGGAAAUACUCACUUUUAGCGAGCAUCGACGAAGGUAUGAAGCAAAAUGCCCAACAGGCCGCAAGUGGAGGUCCGAUGCCCGCCUCGGGCGACGGCAGCGAAUUCGAAAAGUUCAAGGAAAUCCUCUUGGAUACCAAUGCGUACCUGUUGGGCACCACCUUCGUAGUCAGCAUCCUGCACAUGAUAUUCGAAGGAUUGGCAUUCAAGAACGAUAUCUCGCACUGGCGAAAGAAGAAAGACAAUGUGGGCACUUCCGUCCGCACGAUCCUGGCGAAUGUCUUCAUGCAGGCCGUUAUUUUUCUGUACCUGGUCGACAACUCGGAGAACACAAGCUGGAUGAUUCUGGCCUCCCAAGGGUUCGGUAUCGUCCUCGAAGCGUGGAAGAUUACAAAGACGGUCGAUGUGCGCUUGCGUGAACCUGGUUCCGACUCGUCAUUCAAGGGAUUGUUACCCUACGUGAUCGUCUUUGAAGAUAAACACAAACUCAGCGAGACGGAAAAGAAAACACAGGAGUACGACCAGAUCGCCUUCCGAUAUCUGUACAUCAUUGCCGUGCCGUUGUUGCUCGCCUACGCCGUGUACAGCCUCAUUUACGAGUCCCACAAAUCGUGGUACAGUUUCAUUAUUGAGACCUUGGUCGGCUCGGUCUACGCUUAUGGGUUCUUGAUGAUGGUUCCGAGCCUGUAUAUCAAUUACAGGCUCAAAUCCGUGGCGCACAUGCCUAGCAAGGCACUUACGUACAAAUUCCUCAACACCUUCAUCGACGACUUAUUUGCCUUCACAAUUCGGAUGCCACUCCUCCACAGGCUGGCGACGUUAAGAGACGAUGUGAUCUUCUUUGUGUGGCUAUACCAGAAGUGGGCGUACAAGGUUGACUACACGCGGGUGAACGAGUUUGGACAAGGAGGCGAUGAUGAAGAGGAGGAACACGAGGACAACGCCAAAAAGGUUGAUGGCGAAACGAAAAAGACACUGGCUGAACAGGACACCAAGGAAUUGAAGCCAUCUGCUCCUGUCUCUCGUGCGAGUGGGGCGCAGGCCACCGCAGGUGCAAAGAAGAGGAAAUGA